UAACAACAUCACAACAUUUCAACGCUCCGUUCUUUCCCACAUGGCGACUGUCGCUGUGACGAUCGUCAAAUAUGUGAUGAGUCUCCGUUCGUAGCAUUUAUUAUCCUUGCGUCGCUUCGGAAAGCGUGAUUUGCUCAAACUAUCCUUAGUGUCUGAGAGUAUCAGUCAAGCGUUGAAGAAAGAAACAUGCCGGGUGGCAAACGCAAGAAGUUCAUCGACAAAAAGAACGCCGUUACCUUUCAACUGGUCCAUCGUAGCCAGAAGGAUCCCCUUCAGGCGGACGAAACAGCGCCUAAGCAUGUCCUGCUUGAAAAACGGACCGGGCGGCCCUUCACUGGAGACGACAGGCCGGGCCAUGUCCCAGCUUCCGACGAGAAGAGAAAAGAAGAACAGCGUAAAUAUGGUAUCUACUUUGACGACGACUACAACUACCUGCAACAUCUCAAAGAUGUCAACACUGUGGCGGACUGGGAACCGGUCAUCCACAGGGUGCGCAUCCCGGCUGGACAGAGUGGGGAAGCCAAGGCCAAGAAGGAAAUCAGACUGCCUUCGUCAGUCUUUCAAUCAACCGUUGAAGAGAAGGAAGGCCUACUUAACAAAGCAGUGCCCCAAGUUGGACCAAGGCCCGACUGGGACCCAGACGUUGUGGCAGCCUUAGAUGACGAUUUUGACUUCGAAGACGACGAAAAUAUCCUGGAAGAUGAUUUUAUACAGCUUGCUGAAGGACCCGUUGACGCUACUGAUGUUGAUGUUGAAGACAGUGACAGUUGUGAUGACGAAGAAGAAGAUUUUGAAACAGACGAAGGGAGUGAAGAGCGAUUCUCUUUUGCUGAAGAAGAAACACAGUCGAGGUUUACAAGCUACUCCAUGUCUUCGUCCGUGAUCCGGAGAACUGAAGGGCUCAAGACCCUUGACGAACGUUUUGAAGAGAUGUUCAAGCAGUACGAUGACCUGGAAGUCGGAGCUCUGGAUGGUGAAGAGAUCGAAGGAUACGUACAACCUGACAGCGAGAUUAUGAAGGCUCUAGUCAAAGAUUUCCAGCACAUGAAACAGCUGCCGACACUCAAAGAGGUGACAUUAGACAAAGGAUGUGCAAGGAGCGCUGUGACCAUGGCUGCCAUUGAAGAGGAGGACGACGAGAUGGUAGACUUGCAAAUCAGUGCCGAUGCGCCCAAGGAACGCUGGGACUGCGAGUCCAUCAUAAGUACUUAUUCGAACCUUUACAACCAUCCAAAACUCAUCACAGAGCCAAAGAAGGAGAAGGUAAAGGUGUCGGCCAGAACAGGCAUUCCCAUCAUUGAAAAGGGAGGCCUGAGUCGCCAAGGGCUCAAACAGUUGGACCGCGAGUUUGAAGGCAACUCGGAUGAAGAAACGCGGUCGCGAACGUCGGUGGCAUCCAGCAUUCGCCCAAAGGACGAGACGCCGGAGCAACGCAAAGAGCGAAAGGCUGCAGUGCGUGCUAUGCGACGCGAACGCAGGGCUGAAAAGAAGGCCAACUCGGAAGCCUUCAAGGCCGAAAUGCUGAGACAAGAGAAGGCAAUGGCCAAUGUGCGGCAGAACCUCAAUUCUAUGCGGCUUUAUUGAACUGUCAAAUAUAAACCGAUAAUUUUUGUACAGAAAGAAGCAGCUUUGCCAAUGCGCGAGUUGCGUAAUAAAACUCCUUUUU